CCUCCGGGAGGCCUCCCUGGCCCGGCCCCAUGGUGCACUUCUUGCACCCGGGGCUGCGGCCCCGUACCAUCGUCACCCCGAACGCCCUGGAGGACCCUCCGGGCUGCUGCGUGGUCCAGGAGGAAGCAUCUCCCUACUCCUUGGUUGACAUCUGCCUGAUUGUCCUGGCUACUGACCUGGACAGGUUCUGUUCAGAAAGACCUGAUGGAACCCUGCGCCUGCACGAGCUGGGAAGUUUCCCUCAGGAAGUAGCUGAUCGACUGCUGCAUAUGAUGACAAUUCAUGGCAAGCUGAAUGAUCGAACUGUGGGCAUUUUUCAAGGCAACCAAAUGCAGCUGAAGCAAGUGUAUAUCCGGAAAGCCGAGAUUUCUGCUGCUGCUUUCCACAAAGCCUUCUGCCAUCACAGAAUUAUUGAACUGGAUGCUGCUGGUGUGGGUGCAGACCUCUCCAUCCCAGAUAUCCUGAAUGGCCUUGGCAGCAGUUCAUGGGCCCGGCAACACCUUCAGUGCCUCGUGUUGAACUCGGGAACUCUGCCCACUGUGGAGGCCACAGUGCCACGCUUUAGCCAGCUGGCCGGGCUUCGGGUUUUAAGUGUUUCCAACAUCCCUUUUCAGAACAGGCACCUGGCAGAUGUCGCUUUGCUGCCCAGAUUAGAGAGUCUGGACAUUUCUAACACCUCAGUCUCUGACCUCUCUGGACUCCUUGCCUGUAAAAAUCGGCUCAAAUCACUCACCAUGCACUAUCUGAAGUGCCUGACGAUGACCACGCCCCAGAUCCUGGACGUCAUCAGAGAACUGCGGGGCCUGGUUCACCUUGAUAUUUCCGACGAUCAGCAGUUCACCUCAGACCUGGCCUUUCAUUUGCUGCAGCAGAAAGACAUACUGCCGAACAUCUUGUCGCUAGAUAUCUCUGGGGGUAAACACAUCACCGAUGAAGCUGUCGAAACUUUCGUCCGGCAGCGGCCAGCAAUGCAGUUUGUGGGACUGUUGGCUACAGACGCUGGCUACUCCGACUUCUUUACCUCAGACCCCGGUUUCAUGGUUGCAGGAGGGGCAAAUGUCAGUCAGAUUUCCGAAGCUCUGAGGAGAUACAGUGAGAGAGUGUGCUUUAUGAAGGAAGCCCUCAUUCGCCUCUUCACCCAGACAUUUUAUAUGCAAAUAACCAAGCCAGCUGUUUUAAAGCUUGUGGCUGUAGGAAUGAGGAAUCACCCCCUGGACUUGCCUGUACAGUUCACAGCCAGCGCAUGCACCCUCAAUUUAACCCGGCAGGGUCUGGCCAUGGGUAUGCCUGUUCGCUUGUUGUCAGAGGUCAUCCAUUUACUUCUCAAGGCCCUGAAAAACUUCCCUAAUAACCAGCAGCUACAGAAGAAUUGUCUUCUCUCCUUGACCAAUGCCAGAAUUCUUCAGGAUGUCCCAUUUAACAGGUUUGAUGCUGCCAAGUUUGUUAUGAAAUGGCUCUGUAAGCACGAAAACCCAAAUAUGCAGACAAUGGCAGUGAGCGUCAUCUCCAUUCUGGCCCUUCAGCUCUCUCCUGAACAGACAGCUCAGCUGAAGGCAGAACUUUUCAUUGUUGUCAGGGAACUCUUAGCAAUAGUGAAACAGAAAACCUCAGAGAAUUUAGAAGAUAUUACCCUCACGUUUACCCUCAGAGCACUAUGGAACCUCACAGAUGAGUCCCCAGCCACCUGCAAGCACUUUGUUGAGAACCAUGGGUUGGCCAUCUUUGUACAAGUCUUGGAGACUUUCCCGUCAGAAUCAACGAUACAAACCAGAGUUCUUGGCCUUUUGAACAACGUCGCUGAAGUCAAAGAAUUGUCCUCUGAGCUGAUGGUGAGCAGCUUGAUGACCCAUGUGAGCCGGUUACUUCACAGUGUGGAGAUGGAAGUGAGCUACUUUGCAGCUGGCAUAAUUUCCCACCUCACCUCUCUGGGGGAGCAGGCGUGGACCCUGAGCAGCAUCCAGAGGAGUGCUCUGUUAGAUGACCUGUACAUGACGGUGCUGAAGUGGCCCAGUCCGAGCUGUAAGAUGGUGGCACUGGUGACCUACAGGUCCUUCAAAUCCUUUUUUCCGUUACUUAGCAACUUCACGAUUUUUGAGGUUCAGCUGUGGGCGCUGUGGGCCAUGCACCAUGUCUGCAGCAAGAAUCCUACCAAGUACUGCAGGAUGCUCAUCGAGGAGGGUGGCCUGCAGCUCUUGCAGGAUAUCCGGGACCACAUGCAGGCAGAGCCCCAUGUGCAGCAGAUCGCCGUGUCCAUCCUCGUGGACUUUCACAUGCAUUUUCUGAACUACAAGAAGUCCCCUGGGUAUAAAAUGCCUCUUGAGACUUAAGGCGGCUUCCUGAGGAACUCUCACCCUCUGCCUUCUCACCUGCCUGCCUUGGAUUGAAUGUCUAAAGGGUGCUGCCUUUGAGUUUGUGAGUUGUCCAGACCGUUGACCUCGAUCAUUUGAUUGUCCAGGUUUACAAAGGGGUGGCUUAGCACGGCUCAGGCACAGCCCGGAAUCGCUGUCGGAUGAUUCCAGGGGCCGAGAUGCGGUUCUGACUCUGGCUGUUUGCGGGAAAGAGAGCCACAGGCUUUCUCUGUUGACAAACUCCUGAGCUGGAGCCAAAAUGAUAUUUUAAAAUGUUAUUGUUUACUCUUUGCAAGGCCACAAUGCAAAGUGCCUGUUGGAAGGCUGAGUGUUUCCAAGCUGUGUGGAGACUGAGAAUUAUUUCCCAGCUUGGAUUUGUUUGCUUGGUUGUCAGAGGGUGGGGGAGGUCCCAGGUGGCACAGAGUAGUUGGGCAGGGAUGCUGGGGGACCCCACAUUUUACCUUAAAGGCUGGGCUCCCAGAUCACACCAGGACUGGAGUGAAGGGCCUUGGGGAAAUCACCAGAUAAAUGUGUCGCUUUAGAAAUAGAACCUUUGUUUGGCUUUCAUUUUUUUUUUUAAUAAAAAGUUUUUUAAAAAAUAAAAUGUCUCAGUUUUGAAAAAUAUGGAAGGGCCACCAAAGUCAACAGGAACUGUUUUUUUUUUCCUUUUUUAAGAUUUGGCGGUAUUUAAUCUUUAUUGCCGUUGUCUAGAACUUUAAAGGCCGCGUUGAAUGAGGGCCUCAGGUGGGGGAUCUGGAUAACUGAGCACUCAGACACUGGAAUGGGGCCCAUGGUUCUGGUGGACUUGGAGCCCCAGCUCCACCUUUCUUAACUGUAGCUUUCAGCAAAUCACCCGAUCUCUGCUUAGUUUCUUCCUCUAUAAAAUGAGGACAUUUCUUGCAGUACCUACUUCACAAGGUUGUUGUGAAGAGAGCAUUUUGUAAACAUUAAAGUGCUACAGAAAUGCAAGCUGUCCUUAUUCUAUGUCAUCACCCACAUCAAGAUGGAGUGGGAGUGGGUACAGGCUGGGGAAUGGUGGCAGAAAAGAAUGCCAUGGUUUCCCAGGCCACCAGGCCAGGACUUUUUAUCAGACUUCUUAGGAAAGGUGGUGGCUACCCCUCCUAGUUAGGUAAUGAGCUCUCUUGUACUACUGGUCAGGACUGAAGGCUGAAAAGAGGGCCCUUAAUCCCCUUCUCACAGGGCUGUACGUGGCGGAGGUGGACCUCGCCUCCAGGUCUUUGGACUCACGAGCCAACAAGCACCAGGUCACUAUCCAGUGACCUGACAUGGCCUUCAGUAACAGGAUGGCUGACGAGGGGAAACAGCCUCCCUCGCCUCUCUCCCACAGCCCCCGACAUUCUCCUCCUUGUGUAAACUGAGGUCUGUUUAACAGUCUUUAUGUUGGUCCUCUGAGGUCCUUUCAGAGUCUUGAUUAUUGUGUGAACCAUCCGUCUUUCUGUCCACUCCCAGCCUUCCAGACACUCACGAGUGCAGCUCGGUUGUCAUCCUCCACUCCUUCCUCCCUCUGCCCAGUUAUUGGCCAGAUGGGUUUUGACUCCACCUCCUGUCCUUUUUAUGCUCCCACCCACCUUGGGCCAAGCCCUGGCCCUCUUAUUGGUCCCCCUUCUUCCUCCACAGGGCCUCUAAACUGAGGUUCCCAGAGCACAGGUCUAACCAGGUCGUUAGAGCUGCCAUUCUGUUUGUCAUUUAGUUAUUUCCCAGGCUGGCCCCAGUCCAUCUUUCCAGACUGAUUUAAUAUUCCCCACUGAUCCAUUCCACAGUCUGGCCAAACGUCCACCUCCUGCCUCUCACAAACCGUUGUCUUGUUCUUCCUUCCUCCCUCACUUCAUCAGAUCACUCAUGGAAGAGAAAUG